CUUAUAAGGCUAAGUUAAUGUGGAAAAUUGCAAAUGAUAAAGCUAACAAAAACGGAUUAAGGAGUACUUUUUAUUCUGUUAAUAAAGAUGAAUAUACCGGAGAAUGGAAAAAUAACAAACGGCAUGGUAACAUCUUCAAUAGUCGUGGGACAUAUAAAUGGAACUCGAAAGGUCUUAUGUAUGAAGGUGAUUGGAUCAAUGGGAAGCGUCACGGCUUUGGAGUUUUAAGUGUUAUAGGCGAGGACAUGAAACAUAGAAAAAUAUAUGCUGGUUCAUGGAAAAAUGACAUGCGAGAUGGUUUUGGGGAAAAUUGUUAUUCAGAUAAAGAGUUUUACGAAGGUGAAUGGACCAAAGAUCUGCGAUCUGGUUGGGGAAGAAUGUAUUGCAAAGAUGGAUCCAUAUAUGAAGGAAGGUGGCGUGAAGAUAAGAGAUGCGGUGAUGGAAUGCUGAGAUUGCCAAACGAAAAUAGAUUUGAGGGUAGUUGGCUAAAUGACAUGAAGAAUGGCAGGGGAAAAUUUUUUUUCCUUAAUUCUGGCCAAAUGAUGGAGGGUGUCUGGGUAAACGAUAUUCCAAAAUGCUGCCAAAUGACUGAUAUAGGGCGCGAGCAGGCAUCAAGACCAACAGAAUUUCCCAUACCAGAGGUAACUUUUAUAGAAUUUUGUUGA